AUGCAUCCCCGGAAAAAUCCCCCUUCUCCUUGGGAUCCCCAUCCCAAACCAGUCAGAUCCGCCAAUCUCACCUUCCGCGCGUCUCACGUCCCCCCCCCCUCGCGGAGUGCGCCUUCCGUUCCGCCAUACCCUUCCGCCUCCGCUUAUUCCUCCGCUCCCCCGUACCCUCCUCAUCCGUACGCUUCCGCUUCCCCGUACCAUUCCCCUCACCAGUACGCUUCUGCUGCGCAGUACGUUUCCGCUCCCCCUUACUCUUCCGCUCCCCUUUACUCUUCCGCUCCGCCGUACCCUUCCGCUUCCGCCUACCCCUCCGCCUCCCAGUACGCGCCUUCCGCGCCCUCGUUCCCCCCCGCGCCCCAGCGUCGCGCAUCCUCCCCCUCACCGCCCGGGAGAAACUUCGUCAUUCGCUUCACGUGCGACGAUGACGACGACGACGGCGAUGGCGACGGCGACGACAAUGUUGAUCCCAGUCGCGAAGGAGGUGGUAACCCGAAAAGCGACAUUUCAAGCAGCAGAUCGUUACCGCCGGCCAGGCGAGCCUCUCCGACCGCGAUCCUUUCACCAGGGAGCGGGGCGUUAGGGGGGGGAGGGGGCGGCGGAAAUACUUCCGCCGUUGCCCUUCCGCCAAGACCCGCGAGCGCGCCAGGAUCUUCCACCAGUCGAACAUUUUCUUCUCUCCCCGCCGCUGCGCAAGGUUCCGCCUCCGCUUCCGCUUCCGCCACCGCUUCCGCCUCUCCGCUCUCGCUUCCCCCUGGCGCGAGCAAGUCCACAGUUUGGACCGCGGGUGGCGCACAAGCCGCGCAACCCCGCGGAAGACAGACGGCGGCUGGGGUAGUUGCGCGCGCAGCUUCCGCGCGAGCACUGGGCCGCUCCCCUUCCGUCCCCCUUCCCCCAGCGGCUGCUGCUGGCGGAUCUUCUCCGGUGGCGGCUGGCGCAAGCUCUGGCGGAGCAGGCGGGAGUGACGGCGGAGCUUCCUCGCAGUUUUUGAAGCAAAUUGCGCUCAUGCGCGAGCAGAUCGCGGCUUUUGAGCGCAGGGGGGAAGGCGGGAGCUCGGGGAACUUGGUUGAGGCCGGCGGGGGGAGAGAGAGUCCGGAUGCGCCUAAGGAAGGCGCAGAGCCAAGCAGCGGCGGAAACGCCAGCGGCGCUGGCGCAAGUGGGGGUGGCGCAAGCGGGACUGGCGCAAAUGGGCCUGGCGCAAGUGGCGGUGGCGCAAGUGGUAGUGGUGUCAGUGCUCCUGGUGGCAGCAAAGGGGAGAAGCCUUCGAGGGAACCAAAGCAGGCUGCAGCUCCGGCUGGCGGCGUUUCUCGUCCUGUAGCAGUCGGAGGCGGAACGGUGCGGUCGAGAGGAGGAGCAAGAGGGCUAGGUCAGGGGCGUGCGAGAGCGGGAGGAGAGGAGGGCAGUGGGCUGCUGAAGCGGGGGCUGAGCUGGAACGAACCAAUCAUGCUGGAUGAUGAUGACGAGGAUGAACCAAUCAUGCUAGAUAGUGAUGGUGGCGGUGUUGGUGGUGGCGGUGGUGCUGUUGAUGAUGGUGGUGGUGGUGGUGCUGGUGGCAAUAACGGGGUUGCUCCGGACUCGCCAGAAGAUGUGAAGCCCAUGCACGCUGAGGUCAGCAAGCAGACUGCUGAGGUCAGCAAGCAGACUGCUGAGGUCAGCAAGCAGACUGCUGAGGUCAGCACGCGGACUGAUGACGUCAGCAAGCAGAACGUUGAGGUUGGCUUUGGCAAUGGUGGCAGUGCUGCUAGCGAUGGCCUUGCUACAAGAGAUGACCCGGACAGUGGAGAGGACAUGGAGAUAGAUCCCAUGGAUGAUGAUGAUGAUGAUGAUGGUGCUGCUGCUGCUGCUGGUACUGCUGGUGGUGCUGGUGCUGGUAGUGGUGCUUAUAAUGGUGCUGGUGCUGCUGGUGGUAGUGGUGCUUUUAAUGGUGUUGGUGGGGCUGGUGGUGGUGCUUAUAACGGUAGUGAUGGUGGUGAGGGGCGCGAGUACGAUCCAAUUGCAGAUGCUUUUGGAGGCUGGGAGGGUGACUACAGGCGAGCAGCAGUGCGAGGAGUAGAGGCAGCAGCAGGCGUGCAGGCGUCACCACCGCAGAUUGGAGUAGAAGCAGCAGGCGUGCGAAUUUCACCUGGGACUGGAGUGGAGGCAGCGCUAGAGGCGGAUGGGGCGUGGGCGGGGCUGGCGAGUGUGUGGCACGGGGCUGGGGGUUUUUCCUUUGGGGGGUGGCUGGAGGAGGAGAGGGUGGAGGGGCGUGAGAGGGGCGCGCAUGUGCAGGGCGCGCACACACAGGGCCCUAGAGGGCACGGCGGAAGGAUGCAGGCAGAGCAUAUACAGGGUGCGAGGGCGCAAGGUGCAAGCGUGCAGGGCGAGAAGGAGCAGGGUCCUCCCCUCUUCCAACUUCCCCUUGUUCAAAUGCCCCUCUCUCCACCCCCCCUCGCUCUGAACCUCUACCCAUGCGCCCCCCUUUCACUGGCUUGGCCUGGCAAGGGGUUUGGACAGAGCAGAAGGGGCAUCACUUGCACCACCCUGACCCGUGAUGCAAGGAGGCACUUGCAGUUGGAUGCGAGCGCAUCAGAGGAAGGCGCAUCUGGGGAAGGUGCAUCUGGCGCAUAUGGUAGAGGGAGAGGCGAGGAGGAGGGAGCUGGAGGGGAGUUUAGGGUUUUGAGGGUGAAAAGGGAGAGGGAGGAGAUGGGUGAGUGGGAAGAUGGGAGGAGGGUGGCUAGGAGAGCGGAGGAAUUUAGGCUGGAAGAGAGGGAAAGAGUGAGGGAGAGGGAGAGGGAAAGGGAGAGGGAGACAGUGAGGGAGAGGGAGAGGGAAAGGGAGAGGGAGCGAGUGAGGGAGAGGGAGAGGGAAAAGGAGAGGGAGCGAGAGAGGGAAAAGGAGAGGGAGAGAGAGAGGGGGAGGGAGAGGGAGAGAGAGAGGGAGAGAGAGAGGGUGAGGGAAAAGGAGAGGGAGAGGGAGAGGGAGAGGGAGAGGGAGAGGGAGAGCGAGAGGGGAAAGCAGAGGGAGAGGGAAGAGGGAUCUGGGAGGGGCAGGGAGGAGGAGAGGAGGGAGAGACUGGCGGCCAAGGGCGGGGGGGGGGCUGGGAGGGAGGGGAGUGGGGCGGGCAGGGGAGGGGCUGGAGGAGGGAGGGAAGGGAGUGGGGUGGGGAGGGGAGUGGCGGGGUUUGGAAUGGAAGGGAGUGUGGUGGGGAGGGGAGGGGUUGAGGGGGGCAGAGGAAGGGUAGGAGCAGGGAGGGAAGGGAGUGGGGCGGGCAGAGGAGGUGUAGGAGCAGGGAGAGGAGGGAGUGGGGCGGACAGUGGAGGGAUGGUGGGGGGCAGAGGGGCGGUGGCAGGUGGAGGAGGGGUUGUGGCAGGUGCAGGGAAGGGAAUAUCUGCUGCUGCUGUUAGUCUGUCUGUUGGUGGUGCUGCUCGUGGUGGUGGUGGUGCUGGUGCUGCUGCUGGUGGUGGUGUUGCUGCCGCCACUCCUGCCACUGCCACUGCCAAUGCCUCCCCGUCUGCUCCUGCUGCAGCUGAUGUGUCAGCUGCUCCAAUUGGCAGUCCGGCGAGAGCAAGGGAUGUGGCCUUUGGAGGGCGGGGUGCAAGCAUUCUAGGUAUGAGUAGUGCCAGCCAGAGCAGCCCAGGUAGCAGGGUUGGGAUGGGUGUGAGGGGUGGAAAGGGGAGGGGUGAUGGGGGAGAGAAGGUGGCGGAGAGAAGGCUUCAGGUGUCCAUUCAGGUGAAAGUGGAAGCCCAUGAGGAAGCAGUUAGCAGGGUUGUGACGUCAGGUGCACCAGUGGGAGUGACGUCAGGGUCUGGACGGGGAGGGGUGAAGUCAGGUGGAAUAGGGAGGAGUGAAAUGAGGGAGCAGCAGAAGGAGAAGGAGAAGCAGAGGGAGCAGCAGAAGGAGAUUGAGAAGCAGAGGGAGCAGCAGAAGGAGCAGGAGAAGCAGAGGGAACAGCAGAAGGAGAUUGAGAAGCAGAGGGAACACCAGAAGGAGAUUGAGAAGCAGAGGGAGCAGCAGAAGGAGCAGGAGAAACAGAGGGAACAGCAGAAGGAGAUUGAGAAGCAGAGGGAGCAGCAGAAGGAGAAGGAGAAGCAGAGGGAACAGCAGAAGGAGAUUGAGAAGCAGAGGGAACAGCAGAAGGAGAUUGAGAAGCAGAGGGAGCAGCAGAAGGAGCAGGAGAAACAGAGGGAACAGCAGAAGGAGAUUGAGAAGCAGAGGGAGCAUCAGAAGGAGCAGGAGAAGCAGGGGGUGCAGCAGAAGGAGCAUGAGAAGAAGGGGGGGCAGCAAACGGAGCAAGAGAAGCAAAAAGAUCAGGGGAAGAAGAGGAAGGAGCGGGAGCAGCAGGACGAGCAGAGGAAAGCGCAAGAGAAUAAGCGGGGAGGGCAGGAGAGACCAGGUGGUGAGCAGCAUAAAGCAGUGAAAAGGGGUGAGCGGGAGGGUGGAAAGAAUGUGGAAGGAACAAAGGAGAUCGCUUCUGUCAGCGAGGUGAAGGGGGAUAGGGGAAAGGAGGGAGAGGAGAAGAGAGACGAGGAGAAGAGGCAGAAGAAGGAGGCGAGGGGAGCAGUAAUGUCAGGAGGGGGGAGAGAGGGAGAGGAGAGGAAGGGAGGGGAGAGUGGGGGAGGGGUGAGUGGUGGUGCUGUUUUGGAACAAGGGAGGAGGGUGGGUGAGACUGUGACUGGUGACUCAGGGCAAGGGAAGAGGCGACGAGGUGAAGAGGAGGACAGAGAGAGGCGGGUGAGAGCAAGGGAGGAAGAGGAUAGGCGGAGAGAGGAGGGGAGGAGACGAGAGGAGGUGGGGAUGAGAGAAGAGAUGAGAAGGAGGGAGGAGGAGAGAAGGAGAGAGGAGGGGGUGAGGAGAGAGGAGAGCGGGAGGAGGGAAGAGGGGGGAGGAAGAGAGGACGGCAGGAGGAGGGAGGAGGGAGGAAGGAGAGAGGAGGGGGGAAGGAGGGAGGAAAGGGGAUGGAAAGAGGAGAGAGGGAGGAGGGAGGAAGGGGCUAGGAGAGACGAAGGGGGCAGGAGGGAGGAGGGUAGGAGGAGAGACGAGCGGGAAAGGAGUGAGGAAUGGCAGAGGAGGGAGGAGGGUAAAAAGAGAGAGGAGGGUAGGGGGAGAGAAGAGGGCGGGAUGAGGGACGAGCAUAUGCAUGAGGGAGGCUGGAGGGAGAGUGGUAAAAAAGAGGAGGCAAAGGGGAAAAAGGGGGGUGCGGAGGGGGGUGAGAACCAUAAACGCGGAGCUAGGGGGGUGACUGGGGAAGGAGUGCAAGUGAGGGUGCAAGAGAGGGUGCAAGAGAGGGUGCGGGAAGGAGUGCAAGAGAGGGUGCGGGAGCGGGUCCGGGUGAGAGCGAGAGGAGUGUUGGAGGGAGGGGCGAGGGAGAGGAGUGUGGAUGAGUAUGAGAGUCCGCUGGUGAUGUUCCGGUGCUACCGACACUCCCCUGUGUUCAUGGCUCGAUGGGGGGCUGUGGUGGAAUGCGGUGAGGAGGGGCAGGAGGAGGGGAAGGAGGGGCAGGAGGAGGAGAAGGAGGAGGGGCAGGAGAGGCAGCAGGAAGGGAAGGAAGAGAAGGAAAGGAAGGAGGGGCAGGAGGGACACAGAGUGGAUCUAGGGCAGAGUCAGCAAAGUCAACAGAGUCAACAACAGCAGCAGCAGCUGCAGCUGCAGCAGCAGCCCGAGCGAGGCCCAUCACCCCAUCCGCCCCCUUCCCCCCUCUCUUCCCACGCUUUGCGAGUCCACGAGGCAUCGAUCGAUCCCCACCGUGUGAUCUGCGCCGCCCAGCUGCGCGGCCAAUGCGUGGACGCCAAGUGUCGCCUGCAGCACCUGCUGCCCCACCCUGUGCGCUUUGCCCCUGUGAUCAGGGUAGUGCGGGACGAUGCUGAAAGGGUUGCUGAUAACGUGUAUGCAGAGAGUGUGGCAGGAGCAGCAGCAACAGCAGCAGCAGAAGUGGGGGGAGCAGGUGCUGAAGGAAAAGAGAGGGCAGCAGAAGUGGGGACAGCAGGUGCUGAAGGAAAAGGGAGGGCGGCAGAAGCAGCACAGAGUGUUAAACCAGCAGCAGGGGCCAGCCAAGAAGCAGAUCCGUUACAAGCUGAUGCAAUACAAGGGUCUGCGUUAGAAGGAAACCACUCAGUGGUGUCGCUCCUUCGAGCAUCCAUCUUAAAGCCCUAUCUUCAACCCCACCACCUUAUCCCAUUGCCUGCUGCUGCUGCUAGAAGCGGGGGUGUUGGGGGGAGAUGGGGAGGAGGAGGAAUGGGAGGAGCAGGAGGAGGAGCAGGAGUGGGAGUAGAGGGAGCGUGGGGAGUUGCAGGGGCAGGAGGGAGCGGGGAGAAGGGGAGUAAGGAGGGAGGGAAGGGAGAUGGGGGAGAGAGGAUUGGUAAGGGGGGCAGGAUGAGCGUUUGGGAUAGGGUGAGUGGGGGUGUGGAGGGGGUUUUUGGAGAAACGAGAGUGAGUGGGGUUGAGAGGGAAUGUGAAGGUGUGAGAGAGGGAGUGAGGGAGGAAGAGAGGUUGCCACUGCACCUUCCCCUCUCUCUGCUCCUUUCUGGAACGGUGGAUUUCUGGGGCGGUGAAAGCUGUCCUGUGAUUGGCCAGCCCCUGUCCUUUAUCCACCUGAAUCGGAUCGACCCGUCUCUCAAGGGAAUGGGGCGGCUGCUCUUUGCUGCGUGUGCGCCUGAACCAACCGCUGCCACUUUGGAAACUGUCAUUGCCUCGCUAGCGCAUUUCCUGUACCACCAGCCGGGCAGCAGCAGCACGUGGCACGUCUUCUUCCGCCUCUUCGCCCUCCUCCCCGCGCUGCUGCACCUGCCGUGGCUUUACUGCAUGGCGCGGCUUCGCAGGGAGUUUGAAGUCAAGGAGCAGAUGGCAGCCCUGGUGCAGUGCUGUGUGAGUGGGUGGGGACCGUUGGAGUUUGAGCUCAAGGAGCAGAUGGCAGCUCUGGUGCAGUGCUGUGUGAGUGGGUGGGAGUUUGAGCUCAAGGAGCAGAUGGCAGCCCUGGUGCAGUGCUCCCACACCCCUCCCUCUCCUCCACUUCCGCCACCUCCUCUCCUCCUCCUCGUCCCCUUGGGAUCCGAUGCAGCAGCAGAGAUGCAGGAGAAGGGAGCAGCACUAGACUCAAUCACUCCCCAUCUGCGCUCGUCUCUCGGCUUAUCAAACCCUAACGCCGCCCCCGCGCAAUCAUCCCGCGUUUCCUCGGCCGCUACACCCCAAGGGGUGUCCCUCUCGGGUCUAUUGAGUCAACUCCCUCCCCCCAUGUCCACCCCGCCUGUGGUUGACCCGGUCAACGCGAGUCAACGCAGUGCAGAGGCGCUUGACUGUGCCCUGCAGCUGCUGCUGGUGUGGGGGGAGGGCGGGGAGGGGAGGAAGGUGUGGGAGUGGGUCGGGAUGGUGGUGAGUGCGGUGGAGAGGUGUGGGAAUGGGGGGAGGGAGGGAGGUGUGGGAGAUGAAGAGGGGGCCUCUGUUGGCCCUUCAGGUUCUCAUCCCUCCACUGCCCCUUCUCUGGACUCUUCCGUCCCUCCUCCCCACCCCCCUCUCUCCAUCCCUUCUCUCCUCCUCUGGGCUCAAUCACACUCUCUCCUCCAUCUCCUCCUCCCUCCUCUCCACCCUCUCUUCCCCUCCUCCUCUCCUUCCCUCACACCAUCACCCAGCCACCUUCCCUCCCCAUCACCUCCCUUCACCUCGGAAUACCCCCCUCAAGUGCAACAGGCCCUCUCGUUCCUCCUAGGCCCCCCCAAUUUCGACUUCUCUCUCCUCAACACGUGUAUGGGGAUCGGCUUUGCUCCUUCAGUCAUUUCUCUCGCUGCUCCUGCUCCUGCUCCUGCUCCUGCUCCUGCUCCUGCUCCUGCUCCUGCUCCUGCUCCUGCUCCUGCUCCUGCUCCUGCUCCUGCUCCUGCUCCUGCUCCUGCUCCUGCUCCUGCUCCUGCUCCUGCUCCUGCUCCUGCUUCGAGUGCUCUUUCUCGCACCCCAUCUUUUCCUCCUAAUCACCCCAAAGAGGCUCGGCAGCUAGAGCAGGUUCGGCAAGCCCUGGACCUCCUGCCUCGGAACGUGCCUCUUGCCCGAACCUACCUCCAUCUCCUGUUCGGUAACAACCUUCCGAACGUGCUCCAAGCCACGGCUGCUGCAACGGCUGCAGCUUCAGAAGCUGCUUCAAAGCCGAAGCCGAAGCAGAAAGGGAGGUCCGGCGAAGGUACCGAGCCUGUUACCCUACCUCCGACCGUCAACCCGUCCCAACUGACCCAUGCGGUUACCGUGUUACUAACGGCGUUGCAGCAGGGGGGAGGAGGGGUGGGAGCAGCAGCAGGGGGGGCAGGGUCAGGGCAUCCUGGCUGGGAGGCAGAAUGGACGGUGCUGAUCGACGUUGCGGAUGUGAUCAUGGCGAAUCGGACGGCUGCGUGUGCGAUUGCUCGUGUGGCUGUGGCUAUCCACCCUCUGUCGAAGCAACUGCGAGAAAGAGAGGCUAAGCUCAACCCAAAAGCGACACAGAAGAGGGAGAAAGCCCAAGCCCAUCCCACCAACCGCUAUGCGUGA